GUUUCCCCGAGCUGACAUAUUGCCAAACACUUGCGUCGGGCCAAUGCUGUUUAUCCAGUGUCGAUGCAGUCUACUUCCUAGCUGCGAGCUACACAUUACCCUUACACAAUGGCGAUCGUUACAGUUGUAUUCUUCAGUCUUGUUUUGUUGUGUGGUGUCAGAGACGUCCAUGCCCGUGCCAGAUUGAGAGACUUGGCUCAACAAGUGCGACAGUUGGCCGGAGAGGUCAACUCAUGGAAACUUACAGCUGUUAACAGGGAGACUAAAAUGGCAAACAACUUUAAGGUGUUGGAAUCUUCUCUGAAACAACAUGUGACUGAAACAUUCGUUCCUAACUUGAUAAAGCGUCUGGUCAAACAAGCGAUCACUGACAUCCUGAAUGAGGAAUAUACUGGGAAUAGUAUCAGUGGACGUGCUUCAGAUGAAAUCGACAGCAAGAAAGCCAGUGUACGGAACACAAAGGCUCAACCGUUCAGGGACGUUGAGCGGGAAAGGGACACUUACAAAGACAGUCUUGGAAAACUACGACUCCAGUUGACCAAACAUAUCCAUACUUUACAGAUUCAGCUGAAUCAGACACAAUCAGAUCUGCGUGAUGCAAGGAUGCUGAACACUGGUCUCAGGAAGGACUUCAUGACGCUGAAUUCAAGUUGUUGGAUGAUAAGAAAAGAGAUUGAAGAGCACAGCAAAGAUGAACAAUCAUACAAGGAAGGCGUACAGCAUAUGCAGCAAAAGUUACGUGCAGGAAUUCAGAGUAUAAAAAUUCAACUCAGUCAGACCAUUGAAGAUUUGCAUGAUUCAAAGCAAAACAUCACUAUCCUCAAGGAGGACUUGACGACACUGAAUAGGAGUUGUGUGAGGAGGGAAGAGAAUACAGAGAGUGGUGUUACACAAGAGUCGCAGAAAACAUCCUUGUUGUCGCUGGUGUCCUUGGCGACUUUGCCCUCGUCGUAUCUAAGUACUCCCGCAGCCUCGAUUGACCCGAGUCAGGAUCAGAGCCCGAGCGAGAUGGUUCCGCCGGUCCCUGGGACGACAGAAGAGUCUGAUCUGAACGCGACUCGAUCACAUGCAGACCACGACCUCUACAACGCUAGCAGGGACGGUGACCUGGAGGCUGUGAGACGCAUUCUGUCUGUGGGUCUUGCCAACGUCAACUGUAGAGUGGACGGGAGGACACCGGUGAUGGCGGCAGCAUGGAAUGGACACCGCGAUGUAGUGGAGCUCCUUGUGAGAGAAGAAGCUAAUGUGACACUUGUAGACGAACACCGUAACAACAUCCUUCACUACGCCUGUCGGGGAGGAGAUAUCGAGACGGUGAAGUUGGUCCUGUCUCUGGACGUGGUGGGCAUCAACAGUAAAGGAUAUAAGACCGGGACACCUUUGAUGGUAGCCGCACAGUACGGACACAGGGAAGUAGUGGAUCUGCUUUUGAGGAGCGGGGCCAAUGCGGCAUAUGUAGACUUUGUCGGUGACAACAUCCUGAUUUGGGCCUGUGAGGGAGGAGACGUGGAGACGGUGAAGUUGGUCCUGUCUCUGAAUGUUGUGGACAUCAACAGUCCCGGAUGGAGGAGGAGGACACCAGUGAUAGAUGCAGCAAAACAUGGACACAGAGAUGUAGUGGAGCUCCUUGUGAAGGAAGGAGCUGAUGUGACACAGGUGGACGAUAUCGGUGAGAACACCCUUCACUGGGCCUGUGUGGGAGGCGACUUGGAGACGGUGAAGUUGGUGCUGUCUCUGAACAUUGUGGACAUCAACAGAAGAGGAUGGAGGAGCAGGACACCAGUCAUGGUGGCAGCACGGUAUGGACCCAGAAAACUUGUGGAGCUCCUUGUGACGAAAGGAGCCAAUGUGUCACUGGUGGACAAUGUCAAUGACAACAUCCUUCACUACGCCUGUCGGGGAGGCGACAUGGAGAUGGUUAAGCUAGUCCUGUCACUGAACGUGGUGGGCAUCAACAGUAGAGGACAGAACAGCGUGACACCCGUGAUUGUGGCAGCACGGUGGAAACACAGAGAUAUAGUGGAGCUCCUUGUGACGGAGGGAGCUGACGUGUCUCUGGUGGACGAUUCUCAUUCCAACAUCCUUCACUGGGCCUGUUUGGCAGGCGACCUGGAGACAGUAAAGCUGGUCCUCUCUCUCCACGUGGCGGAUAUCAACGCCCGGAGCGACUACGGUCAUACGGCACUCGAACUAGCGAGAUUCUGGGGACAUCCGCAAGUAGUGGAUCUCUUGGUAUCACGUGGUGGACAGUAAAUCACUGUAGUUUGAUUUGGACAAUGACAGAGGAAAUGUUGUAGCUGACAAUGACGUGGCGUAUGCCGUCCAUGUUGUCUUUUGUCAGUAUUUCAUGGUAUUUGGUGUUUCUUUUUUCUCUUUUUAGCUAAAUUAAAUUGUUUAAAAUUUA